AUGUUUGGGCAGCAGCUAAAUGCGGUGACACUCAACGUGGCGAUCCGUGCGGCUUGGAGCGAUCCGGCCGCCGCAGUUUGGCCGGGCGCCGCCCUGCUGCUGCGGCGCGCCCAGCAGGCGCGCCUGGCAGACGCGGUGAGCCGCUCGGAUGGGUCGAUCCAUUGGGCCAGAUGCGGCGAUUCGGGCCAUGGGAGAGAUAUGCCGCAGCUUCCAGGCUACGGCUCCGCGCUGGCGGUCGUGAAGCACGGCUGGCCCUGGACCCUGGCGCUGCUGGCGGCGGCGCGGUCCGCGGGCUGCGCGUUUCUGGUCAGCCUCCGGGCGUGCCUGGAGACAACCAGCAUGGAGCCGGACGACGUGGUGGUGAACAGCGCCAUCAGCGCGUGUGGUCGGGGCGGCGCUUGGCCUCGCGCGCUGGCCUUGCUCGGAGGCAUCGUGGCCGGGGUCAUCAGCCGGGGCUUCAAUGCCGCACUCAGCGCCUGCGCCCGGGAUGGCCAGUGGGAGAUGGCGUUGCACCUGUUGACGCAGAUGGAGUCCCAACGCCUCGUGCCCAACAGGAUCUCCGUGAGCUGCGCCAUCAGCGCCUGCGCCGCGAGUGGGCGCUGGGCCGCCGCUCUGCAGCUGCUGCGCCGGGCGCUGGAGACCUCCGCGCGGCCCAACGUGAUCUGCUUCAGCUGCGCCAUCUCGGCCUGCGAGAAGGCGAGCCGCUGGGAGGCGGCCCUGGGGCUGCUGGCGGCGCAGUUGGAGUCCGACAUCUUCCCUGACGAAAUCAGCUGCAACAGCGCCAUCAGCGCCUGUGAAAAGACGACCCGCUGGGAGCUGGCGAUGCACGUGUCACAGAACAUGCCGCAGGCCAAGCUGUUGCCGGACGUGGUCACCUACAACAGCCUCAUCUCGGCCUGCGAGAAGUGCGGAGAAUGGCUCAUGGCUUUGCAGGUCCUGGAGCUUAUGGCACAGGUCUCGGCAGCAGCGGACGUGAUCACAUACAGCGCAGCCAUCUCGGCCUGCGAGAAGGGCUUCCAGUGGUCUUGGGCUCUGCACCUCUUCGACAGGAGCCCGAAUUGA